CUGACUGGAUGGCAUACACCAGGGCUUGAAACUUCCACUCACCUGCUCGCAUUGGUGAGUGGAAAUUAUGGUGGGGGCGAGUGUGUCCCCAGGGCCGUCUUUCUGAGCAGGCUCGGAACUCAGGGCCAGAUCUGUCACUCGCAAUGGGAGCUAUCAGACUGCUCAAUAGUUGAGCAAAAUGAAAGCAAAGGAAGGAGAGUGUGCUGUGCUCUCUGCCUCCCCCUAGAGUGUAGUACCCGGCUCUGUGAGUGAAGGUAACGAUAUACUGCAAAUUUUUAUAGGGCUGUGUGUGAGUGUAUGUAUUUUACAUGUGUUUAUCUGUCCAUUUGUCUGCGUGUAUGUACAUGUAUGUGUGUACAUGUGUCUGUGUGCAUGUGUCCGUUUGUGUGCGUGUAUGUACAUGUGUCUGUAUGUAAA